AGCCAGCCCACAACCUGCUCUACUUUUGCAACACACGGAUGACAUUUGGAAUCUAUUUGGAAAUGCUUAGACACGCCAAGACUUUGGAAGACCACUUGAAUAACUUGCAGCUCUCCUUCAAGUAGACAAACAAAACUCGGCAGGGCAGUAAUCACCGAAAGAGUCUGCCCUAUGCGCUCCGGUGCAGCCUAGCCAUGGACGAAGGCAAAGCACUGAAAAUUCGGGUGACUUUCUCUGUUAUUUUGGUUGGCGUCUCUUUAAUGUUUGCAGCUGUGGUGACUGAUCACUGGGCAGUGCUAAGCCAUAAAGUGGAGCAUUACAAUUCCACCUGUGAGGCUGCUCACUUCGGGCUAUGGCGGCUCUGCACAAAGCAGUUUUACAUCCAAGAACAAGUUACCAAGGAGAGGAGCUGUGGGAAGAUAACUCUGACAGGAGAUCGUAACUGCUCGUACUUCAAACACUUCUCUCCAGGACAGAGCACAGAGAUAUUUGAAAGAACCACCCAAAAAGAGUACAGCAUUUCAGCAGCUGCCAUUGCCAUCUUCAGUGUUGGCUUUGCAAUCAUUGGAACCAUCUGCAUCCUCUUAUCCUUUAGGAAAAAGAUGGAUUAUCUCCUGAAGCCGGCCUCGAUGUUCUACACCUUUGCAGGCCUCUGCAUGAUCAUCUCUGUGGAAGUCAUGAGGCAGUCUGUGAAAAGAAUGAUCGACAGCAAGGAGACUAUCUGGAUUGAAUAUUAUUAUUCCUGGUCUUUUGCCUGCGCCUGCGCCUCUUUUGUCCUGCUCUUCAUCUGUGGGAUCGCCCUCCUACUAAUCUCCUUGCCUCGCUUCCCACAGAAUCCGUGGGAGAGUUGUAUGGAUGCAGAACCAGAGCACUAAAUGCCUUCAUCGAGGCGCACUUACUGAUGCAAUCGCGGAAAGUGCGAUAAAAGAAUCGAAACCUUUUCUGUAACAUAUCAGGAUGGUGGGAUAUGAAGACAAAAAGUGUCCUUAGUUAAAACUGGGUUAUUGAACCAAAGGGAAGUUCUGUACUAAUUAUUGGUGGGUAGUUUUUUUUAAAGUGUGAGGACCAGCAGUUUGGGUGACUCAACGUGAACCCUCAGUCCACUGAAUGCUGGGAGAGGUCAUUUGUGAUUUGGGAACACAUUCUGCAAGGGCAGUUGAGAGGAAGCAAGAGAACACUACAGGUUGAACCUCUCUAGUCUGGCACCCUUGGGACCUGUCAGGCUCUGAACUAGAGAAUUUUCUGGACCACGGAAGGUCGUUACUGCCUAGCAGCAUUACCUACAUUUCCACUGUUUACUGGGCUGAGAGGGGACAUUUAGGGGUAAAUUAGAGCUAAGUAGCAGCACAGAGCACUGACAGCCAAGUCUGGUGGCUGUAAACAAACCUUAUGGGACUGCGGGAAACAUGGCCACACCCAUGGAAAAUGGACAUCUAGAUAACUAAAAUCAUGCCAGACCAUGGAUGUUUCUGGACCAGAGAGUGCUGGACUACAGAGGUUCAACCUAUAGAUAGUAUAAUGAAAAGGUGCAUGUUCUAGUGGUUAGAGCACCAGACUGGAAUUGGGAGAACUAGGUUGAAUGACUGGCUUGGCCACAGACUCACUAUGGAACUUUUGGCUUCUUUGUGAGUCAGUUUCCCCAUCAGUACACUGAGAAUUUUGCUUCUCUAUCUCACUGCCAGGAUGUGGGGUUGCUAUCUGUACAUAAUUUGGAGCUCCUUCCAUAGGAAGUGCUGCAAGAGGUUUAGGGACAAAAGUCGACAUUACAAAUGUUGCCCUUCCCCGGCCCCACAAAGCUCUACAAAUUAUUUUGUUCUGCUGAUCCAAGCACUUAAAAGUCCUAUGACUCCUGGUUGUAUUGGAAUGCGAAUGGCAAAGCCACGCAAGUACCGACCUGUAGGGACAACGCUUUCUUUUAAUAAAGAGAUGGAAUCCUCCAAUGAGGUUCGA